AGAAGUGCCAGAAACACAAGUUUUGAAGCUAGAUCAGCUGUGAAGGAUGGCAAACAGCGCCUCUCCUGAACAGAAUCAAAAUCACUGCUCAGCAAUCAACAGCAGUAUCCCGCUGACACAGGGCAACCUCCCCACACUGACCUUAUCUGGAAAGAUUCGAGUGACAGUUACUUUCUUCCUUUUUCUACUCUCCACAACUUUCAAUGCUUCUUUCUUGUUGAAACUUCAGAAGUGGACUCAAAGGAAAGAGAAAGGGAAAAAACUCUCAAGAAUGAAAGUGCUUUUAAAACAUUUGACCUUAGCCAACCUGUUGGAGACUCUGAUUGUCAUGCCACUGGAUGGAAUGUGGAACAUUACUGUGCAAUGGUAUGCUGGAGAACUCCUCUGCAAAGUCCUCAGCUAUCUGAAGCUUUUCUCCAUGUACGCCCCCGCAUUCGUGAUGGUGGUGAUCAGCCUGGACCGCUCCCUGGCCAUCACGAGGCCCCUAGCUGUGAAAAGCAACGACAAGCUCGGACAGCUCAUGAUUGGCUUGGCCUGGCUCCUCAGUAGCAUCUUUGCUGGACCACAGUUAUACAUCUUCAGGAUGAUCCAUUUAGCAGAUGACUCUGGACAGACAGAAGGUUUCUCUCAAUGUGUAACACACUGCAGUUUUCCACAAUGGUGGCAUCAAGCCUUUUAUAACUUUUUCACCUUUGCCUGCCUCUUCAUCAUCCCUCUUCUCAUCAUGUUGAUCUGCAAUGCAAAAAUCAUCUUCACCCUGACAAGUGUCCUUCAUCAGGAUCCCCACAAACUACAACUGAAUCAAUCCAAGAAUAAUAUACCACAAGCUCGACUGAGGACCCUAAAGAUGACGGUUGCAUUUGCCACUUCAUUUACUGUCUGCUGGACUCCCUACUAUGUCCUUGGAAUUUGGUAUUGGUUUGAUCCUGAAAUGGUAAACAGGGUGUCAGAUCCAGUAAAUCACUUCUUCUUUCUCUUUGCUUUUUUAAAUCCAUGCUUUGAUCCACUUAUAUAUGGAUAUUUCUCUCUGUAAUUGUUAGACUACAUAGGAAGUCACAUAAACAUACACGUAAACUAUGUAGGACAAGGUAAUGAAUUUCCCCUUUUGGGAAUGAUAAACACAAAGCAUAUUCCAGCACAUUUACAUACAAACAAAGCAGAGUUUCAGAUUAUGGUAUUAUACUUAUUCCUUUGGAAAUCACAUUGUCAGAAACUCAAUUACUAGGAAAAUUUUUUCAGGAAAAAUAAAUAUUUCCUCUUAACCAUUAGCUUCUAAAUUAAUCUCUUCACUUUCUGAGCUCCUAUAACACAUUAUAUGGGUUUUUAAAUCACUUUCUUCUUGUAUAAUAAUAUAUAAAUAUUUAAAAUAGCCAUGGCCUAAGGCAAACAGAUGCCAAAAAGUAACGCUGAGAAACACAGUCCUAACCUCAGCAUGCCUUGGAGAGUUUUUCUCCAAAGGGGCUUAGCAGCAAUUACAAUCUUAUGCUAAAACAAUAAAUACAUAGAGCACAGAGAUAGUAUUUCCCUUGCCCAUGUGAUCAGUUUUCCCUUCUAUGGUUUAAAAAAACAAAAUGCAAUGAAUCAAAUUUUUUCCUUGGCUUCAAAAGCAUUCUGAUGUUUGGAGUAUUCAGCAACCAACCCACCGUCCACUGCUCCAACCUGACAAGACUUAUAAAUAGUUAUCGUUCAUCCCAUUCUUCACUUGGUACAGGUUGUGAAGUGCCUCCAUAUAAAAGGGAGUUGCAGAGGGGCUCAGAUUUGGACAGGGGGUUAGAACAUUCCUCCUGGGCUGUGUAGUCUAUGGAGUUUGCGGUAAUUAAGUGUAGUAAUAAUAACACUGUUUUAAAAUACAAUGAUGAAAAGAUAUAUACUGAUUAUGUUUUAUAAAUAACAUACCUUCUCUUUUAAUAUCAGGGAUUUUUUUCUAUCUUCUGAUCUUUCUAAAUCCAUAAUCCACAAAUCACUAAAAAAAAAAAAAAGAAAUCAAGCAAAUGCACAAGCAAAAUGUUAUUUGAUAUGUAAAAUUAACUCUGAAAACCUCAGUUUCACUAUAUAUAGGUCAAAGGAGACAGAAGGGUAUUAGAAAA